CUCAGCUUCAACUGUGUCAGUUUUUGUUCUGAGAAUUUUACAAUGGUGGGAAGUAUAGCAGUAGACGCAGAGUACUCGAAGGAGAUAGAGAAGGCUCGUCGAGAUCUUCGCCAUCUUAUCUUCAGCAAGAGAUGCCCUGCUCUCCUUCUUCGCUUAGCGUGGCACGAUGCUGGAACUUAUGAUGCUAAGACAAAUACAGGUGGGCCGAAUGGUACCAUCAGGCAUGAGCAAGAGAUUUCGCAUUCAGCAAAUGAUGGUUUAACGAUUGCCGUUGAUUUAUUGGAGGGAAUUAAGGCCAAACAUCCUAAAAUUUCAUAUGCUGAUCUUUAUCAGCUAGCUGGGGUUGUUGCAGUGGAGGUCACUGGAGGACCCACUAUUGACUUUGUUCCUGGUAGAGAGGAUAGUACAAAUUGUACAGAAGAUGGACGUCUUCCUGAUGCAAAACAAGGUGUAACACAUAUAAAGGAUGUCUUUUAUCGGAUGGGUCUAUCUGACAAGGACAUUGUUGCACUGUCUGGUGGCCACACAUUGGGGUCAGCACAUCCAGAAAGAUCAGGCUUUGAGGGCGCUUGGACAAAGGAUCCCACAAAAUUCGACAACACAUUCUUUGUGGAGCUUCUGCAAGGAAAUUCAGAACUGUUGCAACUUCCAACAGAUAAGGCUUUAUUGGAGGAUCCAGAGUUCCGCCGCUACGUGGAGUUAUAUGCAAAGGAUGAGGAUGCUUUCUUUUCAGACUAUGCAGCAUCACACAAGAAACUUUCAGAGCUAGGCUUUAAACCAUGACCUUUGGGUACUAAGAGUGCUGUGAGGAACUGUAAUGCAUUGGCACAAGGUGCUGUGGGAGUUGCAGUUGCUGCAGCUGCAGUGAUCUUUAGUUUAAAUUCCAUCGUAGCACAUGGAAUCCAUAUUGGAAUUUUCACCAAUAAGUAUUUUGAUUGAACUCCAUGUUAUUGGCAAGUCCCAUUAGAGGAGGAAGUUUUUAUGUCUUUCACUUUGAUUUGAUAAUAAAUGGGUAUUUUAUGUGGAA